UCUUUCGCUUCAAGUCUCACGUUGUGCAGCUCUCUUCCAUUGCCUCGCCUCCUUGUCGCCACCUCUGAGAAUUCUCCGGUGGAUUUUUUUUUUCCCCUCACUUUCUUUGGUUUUUGAUCGAGGAAGAGGAUGGCUUCCAGGGUUUUCUCGUCGAUUUCUCGGAGCACCGUCGCCUACCGAUUGAUCCUGGCGUCCUCUCAGCCGGAGUCGCUCCGGAAUCUCUCCACUGGCUUCCAUUCUCUGAGUGAAUUGCCCACGAUUUCUUCUGUCAAGCAUGCUUCCUCCCAGUUGAGUCAAAUUUUGAGACAUUCAGCUCUCACAGGUUCUACCUUUCAAAGAUUUGGCUUUGCAUCCUUGGCAUCUCCACAACCCACUGAGAAGGAGGGAAACCAGCCUGUGGACCAUGAUAAUGCUUCGCAGAAUACAUCAGAAGUUGGAGCUAAUGAUGCAUCUACUGAGGCUACUGAUGAUUCUACUGCUCAAGAACCAACACAAGAUGCAGGUCCUAUUUCUGAAAACAGCGAUUCCGACAUCAAGUCUAAUAGAAAGAGGAGGAAGAGCGUCAAACGAACUGCAUUUUCUGAUUCAGAUGCAGAGCUUGAACUAUCAUAUGAUGAUUUGGUUAAGCUAGUUGCUGAGAAGGAAGGGUCGCUGAAGUUAAAACACAAGGAAGUUGAGAAAAUGCAGGAUAAAGUUCUACGCAGCUAUGCUGAGAUGGAGAAUGUUAUAGACAGAACAAAGCGCGAGGCAGAAAACUCAAAAAAAUUUGCAAUACAAAACUUUGCCAAGAGCCUACUAGAUGUUGCUGACAAUCUGGGAAGGGCUUCAUCUGUUGUCAAGGAAAGCUUCUCGAAGAUUGACACAUCCAAAGACUCUGCUGGAGCCAUCCCUCUCCUUAAAACUCUCCUCGAGGGUGUUGAGAUGACUGAUAAACAACUUUCAGAGGUGUUUAGGAAGUUUGGGGUGGAGAAAUAUGACCCAAUAAAUGAGCAAUUUGAUCCAAACAAGCAUCUUGCACUUUUCCAAGUACCUGAUGCUUCAAAACGACCUGGCACUGUUGCUGCUGUUUUGAAGGCUGGUUACAUGAUAUACGAUCGUGUCCUUCGUCCCGCUGAAGUUGGUGUAACUCAAGCCUUGGGCAAUGAGACAGAUCAAAGUUCCAGUGCAUGAGCUGUAUUCCGCCCAAUUUUCCUGAUAUGCCUUAUCUGAUAUUUUGUGUAACCUUAUAACCAAUAGCAAAAUCCGAGUUAACUUAUCAUGAUCAAAUUGGUAACCUUCUAGGGUAGCCUGGAAAUUCGAUUGGUGCUUUUGUUUUGAAAAAAAGAGGAAGAAACUGUUGAUAUUACAAUGAGAAUGUGGACUACAAAAGAUCUGCAAUUUUGUACUUUUUCUUUGGAAUGGAGAGUAAUUAGACCAUGACAUUGAUACUGCAAA